AUGAGCUGCUUGCCUCUGGUCUCCAGCCUUAUGCGGAGUCCUUUCAGGCUGUUCCCAUCUGCCAACCCAAGAUGGCCAAAGAAGAGAGGGAUUGUCCAAAUUCCCUAUGUAAUCUCCUACAAAUAUGACGAAUCCAGCGUGAAGAUACUCAAGGGAGCAUUUGAAGACUUUUCAAAGUUCACAUGCAUCCAGUUUGUCCCUUAUUCCAACCAGAGAGAUUUCAUUGCCAUUGCCCCGCUCUCUGGCUGCUUCUCCAGUGUUGGACGCAUUGGUGGGAUGCAGGUGGUUUCCUUGGCGCCCGCUUGCCUCCGCAAGGGGAAAGGGGUGGCACUGCAUGAGCUCAUGCAUGUCGUGGGCUUCUGGCAUGAGCACUCCAGAGCAGACCGGGACAAGUACAUCAGCAUCUCCUGGGAUGAAAUCUUGACUGGCUUUGAAAUAAACUUCAUGAAGUCUUGGAAUACCAACAUGCUGGUGGAUUAUGACUACGCCUCUGUAAUGCACUAUGGCAGGAAUGCCUUCAGCAUGUCUGGCUCACCCACCAUAACACCACUCUCCAGUUCCCUGACCCUUCUUGGACAAAGGUGGAACCUGAGCAAUUCAGAUGUUGCCAGAGUCAACAAGCUUUAUAAAUGUUCUCAGGCUGCAGCACAGCCAGAGGCAUCUACCAAGGGAGUCAUCAAAGAGAAUGUAAUGGACUUCAUUCCAAGUGAGCCUAAGCCCCAUACAACGCAAAACAAACCCAAAUUAUCUACUGCCUGGAAUCUCAGUUCUAUAGCGUCGUCCAGUGAAAUGCCACAUCCUGCCAGAGAGCCUCUGGGGACCAUCACACCAUCAAGCAAGGUUGCUGGUGAAAACAUUAGUACCACAGAAGCCCAGACAAGGGAGGUUUGGUCACCUGGGACAAAGAAGCAAAUGCAAAGGACAGUGUCUCAACAUACCCCUGGUAAAGCAGAAGGGAGUGAAAAAUCUCUAGUGGUUACAGAAGAGAUGCUGCAUCAAACUGUAUCUGGAGAAAUGGCAGUGAGUGGUGUUGCCCAGAAGACUUCUGAACCGCAAACUCUGCAGAAUCCCACCAGUAGUGCAAGGGAGUUGAGAAGCCAGCCUCCAAGCUAUGAGGAGGUCGACAUACCAAGUGACCAAAGCCCCAUAGAAGUAACGACAAGCAGUGCUCCGGAGGUGGAGCUUUCGCUUUCCUUUCUGACCAAAAGUCCAGAUGCCUUUCCAAUGAAAACGGUCCAGGGAUCUGCCACAAGACUUGGUAAGAAAGCUCUGGACUGGACACCUUCUAGAACAAGAGCCAUGCACAUAGAGCAUAGAACAGAACUGCCUACUGCUAUGGCGAGAGGAGAACUAUCUACUGCUAUGGAGAUUAGAAGCUCCCCAUUAAUGAGAAGCAGUGAGGCCGAGGAUAGACAUGGUUCCCCAAGCCCAGCUGAGGACCGCCCUUUCUCUGCAAUGGGAAACCAAACUGGGAAACAGCUGGCUGAGCUAUUUCUUCCGACCAUAAGCAUCUUUAGAAAUGAAACAGGUAGCACUGCUUCUACAGCCCCCAUAGUCCAGGCUGAAGCAGGGUCUUCAUACACAACAGCCUCUCCAAGAUCCUCCAGGAACUUGAUCACAGCCUCUGGUGUGGUGGGACCGGAAGAAACCAAACACAGUGAAGUGGAAAGCCUGGGAAGCUUUGGCACAAUUGAGAGCCAGAGUGAGAUUAUGAAAAAGGAAACGGAAAGCUUCCACACCAAGGAAGGGAGCAGGCCAACCGACGUGCUAUCUUCUAGCGGCAAAGAACAGUAUACAAGACAUAGAUUGGAACCUGGCAUGUUUGCUACCCAGGGGCUUCCCUCUCUUGGAAGUUCAGAGGCUCAGGAAAGCCACCUUAGCCAGGUAACUGCUGGAGCCCCAUCCCCUUGGGCUUCUGUCAUAGGCCCUCUUGCCGUUUCCAAGCUAAAUGUAGCAACUUACUCAAAGAGCAACCAGACCCAAGUGGAACAGUUUGAUCGGUCAGCUGCUCAGCUGGCCAGGAAGGGCUACAGAAAAGAGGCACUUACAACACGCAUACCACCAGGGCCUCUCUUAGUGCAAGUUACUGAACCUGAGCUGGAGGCUGAGGAGCAGACCCUUGUCCAUGCAGAAGUGCCAAGCCAAACUCCCACUUUACAGGAUUGGGCUUCACUGGCAAUGGAAACCAACCAGGCUAUACAUCCUACAGAGGGAACAUUUCCUCUUCCUCUGUCCCACACCCCUAGACCCGCUGAAACAAGACACAAAACUUCAUGGUUGCAACAACCAAGCAACACCAAAGUCUAUGGCCCUAGUGCCCACCUUCCAGGAUGGGGCCCCUUUGCAGAUCUACACGGGGAAGAAUUUGAACACACUUUAGAAACAGCAUCCAUUACAACAAUGUGGCCAUCUACAGCACAAGAAUUCAGGGUGAGCCAUGAAAAAGAAGUUAGAACUGGAUUCCCCAAAGAAGCCAAGACUCAUUGGAAAGCAUCUUUGCUUUCCCCUGAGCCACUUGGGGAACAGAUGCCCACCCAACCUAAAUACCGGGUGGCAGGUACUCCAUGGCAGCGUUCUUCUACCCCCUCAGUAACAACUGGCCUCCCUGGUGUGGUGCAGAUCAGGAAUCCUAAUGGGCCAGGAGCAGCAGCACCCCAAAGACCAUGCAAUGGGGAAUUGGCAGACUCUUUACCUGGAACGGAAUAUGGACUAACAUCCACACGCGUGUUGCCCAAAGUGGAAACUACAAGCAUAGGACAUUCAGGAUCAGAAAAGAGAGAUCAUAGCCCUACCUCCAAAGGGGACUCUCUGCCAGUGAGAAGAACAAGUCCUCCUCCUAAAGACCACACUUCAUCAGCAAUGGUGAGUCAACUGAUGCAGACAAGGACCCCAGACAGGACUGUGGCAAGUGAUGAAGGAUCUGUUGCUGCUGGCUCUUUCAAUUUAUCCACCAUCUUGCUUUCCAGCAAACCAGCUUUAAAGGGACCCCAAAGCUCUUCUCCUUUGAGGAGAACAGAACCCGUGAUGAAGACUGAGAGCCCACCUACACAAUUCUUGGAAACAAAACCUUCCUCUAAGCUUAAAGAAACCCUUGCAGAAGGGGAAAUGACUGAACCAGCAAAUGCCACAGAAGAGAUGUCCCUCCAUGUGAUGAACUUGGCAACAACUCCUACUUGGAAAGCCACAGCUGGCAGAAAUGGGGCACAAUCUCCCUCAUUAGAUAUGGAACCAACAGGAUUGCCCCAAGUUGCUGCUGAAGGGACGGCUCUGCUCCUGACUAUUGGCUCGCUAAAGUCUCCCAAACACAUAAACUUAAGAGGACAGCCUACCAGUAGCCAGCCCAGGAAAGAAACCAUGACAUCUAUGGCAAAGAUUAUUGCAGUGGACAUGGUGUCAGCAUCAUCAGCAUCCAGUACCAGUCCUCUAGAUACAUGGGGAAACCAGGAAACCUUACUGACAGGUGCAAAAGAGGCUACAAGGAGAUCUUCCAAGAAAAGUGGAGAAACUGCUUUAGAGAUCUAUGCCAGCACACUAGCUCCUGAAUCGCACAAGACAGCUACAAUAGGAGUUUCUACCCUGGGAUCCCAUGAGGAGCAUACUGUAGCAACUAAAAUCACACAAUUCCAGCCUGAACAUGGAACCCGAAGACCAGAGGUGGGGUAUGAACACAGUAGGUUUCCUUUAAGCAACGGGACUCUUGUAGGAAUGGGAAAUGGAGAGCUACAGGCUCCCUCUACAAAAUUUCCCAGAGACUCCUCCAAGACCCAAAUUGUAGUGAAUCUGGAGGAAAUGUCUGGAAACCAUACAGAGAAAAUGAAGUCCAAGGAAAAUGGGGUGUCCCCUAUAGACAACCCUAACUUCUCCCACCGUGUUGGCAAGAGGUCUUUAGCAGAGAUAACGGCAACUCCAGCAUCUCUGAGUGUUGCUCUGCCAGAGGAAAUUGAUCAUGAAUUUAUAGGCCACAUAGAUGAGGCUUCCCCAGUUGAAAAUGUGGCAGACAUAACGGAGGCAGCAGAACCAUUGCCAUUUGGAAUGUCCAGGUUGUCCACUCUUCUCCAAGGGCUGCCUUCUGCUCUGAAAAAGGCAGGAAAUAACCAAGUGGGGCCCCCAGGAACUGUGAAAGCUCCACAGCCUCUGACCACUUUUUGUCCCUUUGAGAGGAACUUGUGUGGCUGGGAGCAAAGCAAGGAGGAUGACCUGGACUGGGUGCUUGAAGAGGGGCACGAACAGCUCGUUAGGACCGGGGGAGGUGGAAGUCCCCCUAGAAUGCCUUGCACAACCUCAGGUGGUGGCUACCUUUCCCUGAUGCCUUUGGCCCACAAUUCUAGUCAAAAGGCUGUUCUGGUCAGCCCUGUUGUGCAGGGCAUCAGGUGCCUCAAAUUCUGGUACAGCCCAGGGGACCUUCUCAUGAGUAAGUGGCUUCUGUAUAAAAGGGAGUGUGAAAUCAACGUCUACAUAAUGCUCCGGAAUUCCUCUGAAUGGCACAAAGUGUGGUCUGUGAGGGGGAAUCAAGGCACUGGCUGGCAUCUGGUGGCUGUAGCCAUUUCCAAGACUUGUGAGCUACAGGACUUUGAAAAGGUGCAGGCAGCUGAGCUUCAGGUGGCUGAAUGA